AUGGAACAAUCUCCCCCGCCACAAAGGGGUGAUGACCAUAACGCGGGUCGCCGAGCCCGGGAAUUGUACCGGUAUUUUCACCCCCAACGCACCGGCAUCCCUCGAGAUCGCAGUUUCAGCUCUGCGAGUGAUGAUGCGUUUCCCUCUGCGAGCCUGGAUCCCUUUGGCCACAUUCCUUCGUCGCCCUCGUUAUCUUCCCAAUGUCCUUCGAGCCCGCCCAUCGAUGCCGUUCCUGCGGGGCUAGUGCCCGAAGCUUUGAUACUCGGUGAUCCUAAUGCGACAUUGACCUCGUUCGCGCAGCUCGCAGCUUUGCGACUCAAUAUUGAGCGUGUUCUAAUUAGUGUUUCGGACCGUCAGUCUCAAUUUAUCCUGGCGCAGAGUACCCAGAAUGGGGGCAUUAGCGAUUAUCAAUCAUCCAAUGAUGGCGUAUGGGAUGGUUGCUCAACAUUAUCAUCUAGCGCUUGGAGCAUGUGUAAGGCCACUGUUGCUCUUCCGCCCUCCCGUGAACAAGGACAGCGCCAAUUCCUAGUCUUGAACGACCUAAGCCAAGAUGACCGAUAUAAACGCCUUCCGUUUGUAAUAGGCGAGCCUCAAUUUCGGUUCUAUGCCGGUACACCCUUGACGACGGACACCAAUAUCAACAUCGGCUGUCUCUUUGUUCUCGAUACUAAACCGCACGAUGGCUUGAGCGCUGCGGAGAAGGGCACCAUGGGGACGUUGGCUGGGUUGAUCAUGGACUAUUUGAAGGUCAGCCGCCAGGCGUCUGAAGGUCGCCGUGCAGCCCGCCUGUCUCGCGGUCUUAGCUGUUUCGUCGAGGGGAGCUCCAGUUUUGUCGAGGGGAGCCAUCCCUCUUCUUCUGUCAGUUCUGCGGCAGCACCCAGUACACCCCCUUCAUCGAGUCAGAGAGCCAAUCACCUAUCCCUCGGAUCGCUCAAUAGUUUCGACGCCCCAUCCAGACGGUCUCAGAGCAGUGAUACUCGUUCGUUCAGCUCAGCAUCUGAAUCUAAGCUCGACCAAGCUCAAUCCUCCGGACCAGAUAACUCCUUUCCAGAUUGGUGGGCCGGCAGUCGGCAGAAGGAAUUGAAGGGCUCCGAUGACUCUCAUGGACAUGCCUGGGCGUUCCGCCGCGCAGCUAAUCUGAUACGAGAGAGCCUUGAACUCGGUGUGGAUGGCGGAGUCGUUUUCGUGGAAGCGAACAAUAGUCCGAUGAUCGACGUCGAUACAGGGAGCGAUUGCUCGAUAGAAGGCAAUAAUCCAGCUCCAGUGCUGGCUAUCUCGACUCAUGACGAACCGUUUGCCCCCGGUCCGGGCUCGAAAGUUCGCUACCCCGCAGCCUCCCUCGACACUGCCUUCCUUCACCAACUACUGCGGCGGUAUAGCAGAGGCAAGCUCUGGUCAUUCCAUCGCGACGGCGUAAUAUCGAGUUCCGAUGAUGAGACACCACGCAGAAGUCGUUCUCGUGCCGCCAAAUCCCCCGAUGCUGGCAAGACGGGAUCCAAGAGAUGGAGGGCUACGGAGAACUCGUUGCUAAAUCAGUAUUUCCCGAAUGCUACUCAGGUUCUUUUCGUACCACUUUGGAAUUCUGCGAACUCGCAAUGGUUUGCCGGCUGUUUUUGUUGGAACACUGUGGAGACGCAAGUAUUUACCUCAUCAGUCGAGCUGAGUUCCAUUCUCGGCUUUGGAUCUUCCGUAAUGGCAGAAUGCAACCGGGUGGAAUCACUCAUCUCAGAUCGGCAAAAGGGUGACUUUAUCGGCAGCAUAUCUCAUGAGCUUCGGAGCCCUCUUCAUGGCAUCCUGGCGGCCGCAGAGUUCCUGGCUGGUACGCAGCUUGAUGAAUUUCAAUCCUCGCUCUUGGAGACCAUCAACGCCUGUGGGCGGACUUUGUUGGACACAAUGAACCAAGUUCUGGACUUCAGCAAGAUCGUCUCGCUGGAACGGACAUACCGGAAUAUGAAGCGAGGCCGGACGCCGCCUACUGAGUUGAAGGGCCUCGAUCGGUUUUCCACGCAUUUGGACACUUAUGUAGCCACGGACCUGGCCUUGUUGGCUGAAGAAGUUGUGGAGGGCGUAUGCCUAGGUCAUGCUUAUGGUCAAAAGUCCUCUGCUCCUUACGAUCAACCCAUGGUAGUGCCUUUUAAGCAGUCCAGGAAACCCGCGUCCGAGCUUGAAGCAGAGACGGCAUCUCGAUCUGACGUGGAAGUCAUACUGGACAUUGCGCACAACGAUUGGACUUACCUUUCACAACCUGGGGCCUUGCGACGUAUCAUCAUGAAUAUUUUCGGAAACGCAAUGAAGUACACGCACAGUGGCCGUGUAUCUUUGCAUCUGGAGGUCACAGAGGCAUCAGAAGGUCGUUCUCGUCGUCAUGGUGUCGAGGAAUUGGUCACAUUGACUGUAUCCGACACUGGCAAGGGCAUAUCCGAGGAGUUUUUGCGCGGUCGAUUAUACACACCGUUCGCUCAGGAAGACACUCUCGCAGUUGGGACUGGUCUUGGUCUCUCUAUUGUGCGAAGUCUUGUCAAGGCUCUGAAGGGCAGUAUCAACAUUCACAGCCGUCCCGGUGAAGGGACCAUUGUGAAGGUGUCCCUUCCGUUGAUUCGACCGGGGCCUGAGGUGGAUCUGGAGGAAACAGUAGGCCCACGCUCGCCGUCGGCCAAGGAAAAGGACGCACUGACAGAGUGUCGCAUGCUGCGCGAAGCUCAUGCUGGUCGUCGUGUCGCCAUUUUCGGGGUAGAACCCGCGGAAGCAGCGACACAUUCCUUCUGGUCGGUUUACUUGCGCUAUCUAACCGAUUGGUAUGGCCUCGAUAUAGUGUCCUCUCACGAUGAGACACCCGCGGACAUAACGCUGGCGGAAGAGCAAGCUCUGGUUGUGGCCGCACAAGCUGAAUCCAACACGACGCUCCCAUGCCUCCUUGUCAUUUGUGACAAGUCUGUCGAUUAUAGCACGAGUCGAUCGCGGUGGCUGUCCAUGGCUAAUGUCGUGAACAUCAUUCGACGUCCAUGUGGCCCACACAAACUCGCACGCAGCAUUCGCAAAUGUCUGGAUGUUCAAUCCGGGGCUCCGUCGGCAAGGACAAUCCAACUCCCUGAACGUCCUUAUCCCGUCACCCUGUCGUCCAGUGAUAUUUCCCCCGGAGAAAACAUGUUCGAAAUCCCCACUGAUACUCCUGAGGUCCCGCCAGAUGCUCCCCCCAGCUCUGACUCCUCGUCUUCCUAUGAUUAUGUACGCUCCCAGUCAUCUGACGCAUUUGAGUCCUUAUAUGCAACUGAGUCCCCGUCAUCAUCCGUGCAACCCCAGUCGCCAGAUCAGCAAUCAGAGUUCUUAACACCAACUCGUCGCGCCCGCAUCUUGGUUGUCGAUGACAAUUCGAUAAAUCUCAAGCUCAUGCUCACCUUCAUGAAGAAGCGAGAACUUCAGACACUGGACUCAGCUGAGAACGGCAAAUUAGCCGUUGACGCAGUUGAAAAACUGCCUGAAGGUUAUGAUAUCAUCUUCAUGGACAUGUCCAUGCCAGUUAUGAACGGCUUUGAGGCAACACGUGCCAUUCGAGCCAUUGAGAAAGAGCGCGGCGAGGGCUGCGCCCCUGCUGUGAUCAUUGCUCUAACAGGCCUCAGUAGCUCACGUGAUGAAUCUGAGGCGCUCACUUCAGGUGUCAAUUUGUUCCUCACGAAACCGGUCUCCUUCAAAGAGGUUUCGAGGCUGUUGACGGAUUGGGAGGAGAAAGACUCGCUGGAACGGCGUAUGUCAGGAUCUGGGUCUGGAUCCGAAUGA